AGUGGACAAAUACCAGUAACAGUGUGUGCAGAGAUGGCACAACAGCAUCACGAGAUCACAGAGCAUUCCCCCAGGGACGUCGUGGUGCUCGGUGCCAGUAAUGGCGCCAACAGUGGUGCCCAUCUCGCUGAUGAAAAGGAUUUUAAGAAUAUGAGGCUGGCCAUAGGCACACUGGAAAAGACCAUCUUCCAAAUCUCCCUAAGCGACGACCUCACCAACACCAGACACAUUGACAUCCGCCUCAAGCGGAAUAACAUCCGUGGCCAGGGGCAAGCAAAGGAGACGGCAAAAGGUGACGAUGAUCGCGCGAUGGCAAUGGCAGGUCGGGAUGAAGAACAACCACCGGAACUACGACAUGCCGCUCCGCCUCCUCAAGCUCGGCUGAAGAUUACAGUCGCAGCUGAGGAGGAGGAUGCUGCCACAGCCAAUAAUGACCAGAACCAGGAAUACCUGAACGACAUGCGCGGAUGGUUCCUCACGGUGGCCACGCUCUUCGUCAACAUGGCGUUCGACUCGAUGCUGCACCCACCUGACUGGAUGAAGACGGAGUGGUACGAGAAAGGGUGGUUUCGGACGCGCCAUGCCGCCAUUGUUAAUCCUUCUCAUGCUGCUGCCGCGGCGGUGGCUCCGAGUCCUCAGCCAGCUACCGCCUCGGCGUCGCAAGCCUUCAGGGCAUAUUUUUACUUGACCUCCAACUCGUUAACAUUUGCAAUGGCGCUGGCCCUUGUGCUGAUGUGCCUGGACCGGCGGCAGGAAUCCUCCAGUUGGGGAACCUUUAACAUCAUGAAAAGGAUGGUGACGGGAGUCUCUCUGUUCCUUGCAUUGACCUUCGCCAUGGGUACCUCCAACAAUUGGAAGGUUACAGGGAUUGCGUGCGUUUGCCUCGUGGUGUAUACCUACCUUGCUUUUUCGUACUUUUUCGUAAUGGUGAGGAAACUCAAGACCGAGCCAAGCAACCAGAGAAGAAAUUGAAGAUGAUGCCGCAAGAGUCCCCUUCUGCUGUUCCUGUACCAGCAGCUUCAGUUUGACCCGGCCUCAAUUAAGGAGCUUCUCUCAUCAGCUACGUUCUUCAUCAUGGUGUGUGUUUGUUUGAGCGUGUGUGUGCGCGCGCGCGCUAAUGUAGGUGGCUUACCAUGCAUUAUUGUGUCCUCGGUCUGCUACGCGUUCAUUUGUGCGGCUUGCUUAUUUUCUAAUAAUAAACCUGCCUUGUGAUUGUGCCACGGUUGAACAUAGGUACUGAUUUGUGUGUAAGCUCUCACCGAUCUGGAUUUGUGUGACUUCCAUUUUCUCUCAUA